AUGGAUCCAAGGAAUCCAUAUAGUCAGUCAUCUAGCUAUAUGGGCCUUCUAAACAGUCAAAACUUUCCUUAUGAAAGUUUCCCUCAGUUCAGUUCACAAGUAACCGACGCUGGAACUCAACCUGAAGCCACACCUGUGGACCGCAAGGAGAGAAAGAAAUGGACCCCAUCUGAUGACGAGGUCCUAAUCAGCGGGUGGCUGAACACAUCCAAGGAUGCGAUCGUUGGAAAUGAUCAAAAGUCGGGGAGUUUUUGGAAACGAGUAGGCGAAUAUGUCGCAGCUAGUCCACAUGCUAGAGAGGGUGGUGAAACAAGAGAGCAUCUCCACUGCAAGCAGAGGUGGCACAAAAUCAAUGAUGUAGUGAGCAAGUUCUGUGGCGCAUAUGCUGCAGCUGAAAGACAAAUCAGUUCUGGUCAGAAUGAAACAGAUGUUCUCAAGAUGGCCCAUGAGAUAUACUACGCUGAUCACCACUCGAAGUUUAUUCUUGAGCAUGCGUGGUGUGUGUUGAGGUAUGAACAGAAAUGGCUUAACCUCAACACACCUAAACCCACGGGCAGUUCAAAGAGAAAAAUUGGUGAGCCAGUUUCUGAUACUUCAAGCACGUGUCAUGGUGAUCAAGACAUCCGUCCUGAAGGUGUAAAGGCUGCUAAAGCUAAAAGGAAUAAUGGUCAAGGGAAGUCUGUUGCUGAGUAUUCGACCAUUUGGGAAAUGAAAAAGGAGGAUCUCAUGAUGAAGAAGGAGGAUCUCAUGAUGAAGGAGAAGCUGUCUAGACUGGCCAUACUAGACUCUCUCCUAACCAAAAAAGACCCUCUAACUGAAGCUGAAGAAGUUGUCAAGAAUAAGCUACUCGCUCAGUAUUUCUGA